UCUUCACGCGUUCCUUUCUCACUCAGGUGUGGACGGCUUGCUAUGUUUGGCCUCAAAGGAAACACGGUAAUGAAACCCAGCCUCAAUGGUGGGAAGGCUGGGUUGGGGGCCGGCAGUGGCGACGCUGUCCCCCCGGGAGGGCAGCUUUUGGCUACACAGGAGGCUACGGCCCGCCAAGAUGUAGGGGGAGGGGAAGCCCGCGCAGUGAUUGAUGGAAGUCCCAGAGGAAGCCCCAGCGUCUCCCUCACGCCAGAUGCCUGGAGGGUUGUGCGGCCGGCACCCAUUGGUGCCGAGGUCACCGAUGUCACCACCACCCCUGGGAGGCUGCUGUUCUUCCCGCCCACUCGUCGCAUGUUGCAGCCUGAGGGGAUGGAAGCCUCAGCCGCCGACGCCAUUGUGUCGCCCGAAGAUGAGGUGGAGGGGUGUGAGCCGGAGCCUCUCAGGAUGCCAGCGGCCAGCCAGCCCUUGCUGGAGUUGGUCGGAGAGGCCAGUAAUGGCCCCAGCACGGAUGGUUCACUACCCUCGAUGCCACCCCCAGCACAGGAGGAGGACGACGAGUUGUACUGGCAGUCUCUGGAGAUUAUCUCUCGAUACUUUCGGGAGCAGGCAACCGGCACCAAGGAUGCAAAGCCAAUGGGCAAGUCUGGGGCCACCAGCAGGAAGGCACUAGAGACCUUACGACGGGUCGGGGGCGGUAUUCAGCGCAAACACGAGAUGGCCUUCCAAGGCAUGCUUCGGAAACUGGACAUAAAAAACGAAGAUGAUGUCAAAUCGUUGUCUCCAAUUAUGGUCCACGUUUUCAAUGACAGCGUAACAAACUGGUGCAGGAUUGUGACUCUAAUUUCUUUUGGUGCCUUUGUGGCCAAACACUUGAAGAGCAUAAACCUGGAAAGCUGCAUCGACCUAUUAGCAGAAAGUAUCACAGGCAUUAUUGUAAGGUCAAAACGAGACUGGCUAGUGAAACAAAGCGGCUGGGAUGGGUUCGUGGAGUUCUUCUACUUAGAGGAUCUAGAAGGCAGCCUCAGAAGUGUUCUGCUGGCUUUUUUACUCUUUGCUGGAGUAGGAGCUGCUUUGGCAUAUGUAAUAAGAGCCUUUAAGUGCAGUUUUUGACUUCUAACCAGCAACAGCCACCAGAACCACGUACAUCUGUCAAAUCAAAUGCAUUAAUGAAGUCGAACUUAAAGCUGCCCAGGCUGUGACCUCCAAGGGUUCCACGCUAGCAACAUAGCCAGAAAAGCAAGUGGCAAGAGGAUUAUGGCUAACAAGAAUAAAUAAAUAGGAAAAGUAGUCCCCCUUGAUUGAAGGGUCACUGUCUGGAAGAAGAAAAGUUCAGUUUCAGCAACAAGCAAACUUUGGGAGGCCACGGAGGAGGACUUUUAGAUUUAGUGAAGAUGGGGUGGAAAAACCUAUAUCCUUGUUGAGAACAGGAGAGUGGCCAGUAGCCAGGCUAGUCAUAGAAUUCAUUAAAUAUCCCCACAAAUUAAUUCAUGGACUUGGGUGAAUGUUCAGGACUUUUAUACCUAUCUUAUGUUGGCUUGGUUUGAAUGAUUCUUAGUUUAAUUAGCCUAGUACUGGUCAAGAAUACUUGACUUAAGGCUUAAUAAUUUGUUACAGAUAUGGAAUAUCCUCAGUUUUUAGGACAAAAACAACUUGUAAAUGUAUUUGUCUGUAAAAAUACUAUAUAUUUUUACAGAAAGUCUAUUUCUUGGGAAAAUAAAGCAGGGGCAAGUCUCAAAUUAGUUUUUUUCAUACCCUU